AGACUUGUCUGUCACUUAACUUUUUCAGAAGGCACUGUUGCUCGAGAACUAUGAUGCUAGUUUGGCUAAUGUUUGGCUAAUGUUCUUUGCUUGCUCAGGCUUGCUUGCCUGAAGAUAGCGUGCUCCGUGAAGAGACUAGAUCAGAGGCUGAGUGGUAAAUCAAUCAUGGAAGAUAAUACCAAGCACAAACUAAAAUGCAUAUUUUUCACAACUUGAAAUGUAGCGAACUAUUUUAUUUUUUCUUGUCAGGAAUCAAGCAGAGUUAGAUGCUUAUCAUUAAUAAUUUGGGAAUCGUUUUAUCACGAAAAGGAAACAUGAGCUAGCUGGUCAGUGAAUUGUAGCUAGGAAAACACCAUCGAUUGUUAGCUAGCUAGCGUGCUUGUUAAUAACGGUAAAACAGAAAGAACACAAUUCGUCAUGGAUUGCUCGUAAACUUUGUGAUUAAUGUUUUGUAACAGGAAUGUGUUUGAAAAUGAGAGAGUAUUUUUUGAUUUUAACUUGCUAGCUAGCUAUAACGUUCAAUCUGAAAAUUGUCAAAAUUGUAUGAACAUGUAUGUUGACAAAGGAGCUAUAACGGCGUUAUAAACAUCUAGCAAGGCUCAAGCCUGGAAUAUGUUGGGUUGCUAACGUAACAUUAUUGCGUCAGGAAAGCCAUCAGAUAGGGAAUAUAUUACACUCGAUUUCUCGAGUUACUGUGGCUUUGUCAUAGGAGCUUGCGCCAUUGUCCUUGGAGACGGAACCGCAGAAAUGUGGGUACUAUAGCAGCGUGCUAAAAAAUACAGUAUUAGGGCCUAUGAGGGGGGCAAUCUUGGCAACAUCACUCGGCACGGUCACCACCAAAGAAGUCUCCCGAAACGGAAGAAGUGACAGGAUGAACAACAUCAACAAAAGCAGACCCUCCAGCUCCGCCAGCUUCUCCUCUACCUCAACAGCAAGUGCCCUUGAUGAUGACAGCACCAGCCUCAGGCAGCAGAAGCUGGAAAAGCAGAGGGCGCUGUUGGAGCAGAAGCAGCGGCGGAAGCGGCAGGAGCCUCUGAUGGUGCAGCCCAACCCAGAGGCCCGGCCCAGGCGCUCCAGGCCUCGGCGCAGUGAGGAGCAGGCCCCGCUGGUGGAGUCACGCCUCAGCAUCACCAGCGAUGUCAUCAUGGACGGUAUCGACGGCCCUGCUGCCUUCAUGGGCUCUGAGGCCCCAGACCUGGGUGCCAAGAUCCAGAUUCUGUCGGUGAGCAAGUCCCAGCCCCUGUCCCUGUCCCAGCCGCUGCACCAGUCUCCCCUCGCCGAGGAGCCUGACCGGGACGGGGACACAGAGACUCUGCUGGAGCCCAAGACGGACAUCCACGAGCUGCUGCAGAAACGAGAGGCGUGGGACAUCUCUCUCUUCCCCUCCCCCUCUCUGACUGACCCCGCCAACGACAGGGUGGUCCAGUUGGUUGGUGCAGUGGAGAAGGGCCCAGAGGAGGGGCCGGAGGAGGGGCCAGAGCGCCCACUGUCUGCCAGGGAGAAACUACUCCAGUCAGGUCUGUCAGGCAGUAUGAACUACGAAGAGGCCAGUGAGGAUGAGGAACACGGUGACGAAGACCGGACACGCUCGCUGUCCCCCAACCCAGAGUCAACCCGGCCUGCGUCUGCCUCCAGCACAAAGUCCAACACAGAAUACGUGACACCGGGGUCGCCCACGGCGGAGAGUGCCCUGAUCGAAGUGGACAAUCUGGAGGAGUUUGUAGUGCGUCCCGCCCCCCGUGGCGUCACCGUCAAGUGCCGCAUAUCCCGGGACAAGAAGGGAAUGGACCGCGGCCUAUACCCCACCUACUUUAUGCACAUGGAGAGAGAGGACGGGAGGAAGCAGUUUCUUCUGGCUGGGAGGAAGAGGAAAAAGAGCAAGACGUCCAACUACCUGAUCUCAGUGGACGCCACGGACCUGUCACGCGAGGGAGAGAGCUUCAUGGGGAAACUGAGGUCUAACCUGAUGGGGACCAAGUUCACCGUGUAUGACCAAGGCACCAACCCCUGUAAGAACCCUGGAGCUCUGCUGGAGGAGAGCAACACACGACAGGAACUCGCAGCCAUCUGCUAUGAGACCAACGUUCUGGGGUUCAAAGGUCCCCGCAAGAUGACCGUCAUCAUCCCAGGCAUGAACAUGAACUUUGAGAGGGUCCCCGUCCGUCCAAACAGUGAGCAGGACAGCCUUCUAAGUAAGUGGCAGAACCACUCAGUGGAGAACCUGAUUGAGCUGCACAACAAGGCCCCCGUGUGGAACGACGACACCCAGUCCUACGUGCUCAAUUUCCACGGCCGCGUCACACAGGCCUCUGUCAAGAACUUUCAGAUCGUCCAUGACAACGAUCCGGACUACAUCGUAAUGCAGUUUGGCAGAGUGGCCGAGGACGUAUUCACCUUAGACUACAACUACCCCAUGUGUGCCCUGCAAGCCUUCGCCAUUGGCCUGUCCAGUUUUGACAGCAAACUGGCCUGCGAGUGACCAACUCCAUCACGACUCCUAACUCGCCAUUCCCUCCAUGGCCCUUUCAACCCACUCCCUGCACCUCCAAAACAAAGCCAACUCCACAACACCGCCCCUCCACCUCACCGUCACAGGAUUCAGCACCUUGCUUGUACAGUCAGCAGUCAGCUCACCAGCAGUCUGCCACUAUGGAAAUAAUCAUGAACCAUGACCUCUCACCCCUUCGUGGUACAUCCAAUCAUGGCACUCGAAUCAUGCUGACUUGGAGAGCGGAUGAAGAGAGUGGGUGUGUGAGAGGACAAAAGCAAGUAGAUUUGGGCGGAGAAUAUAGGAUUUUCCUUAUCGGCAGAAAAAUGAAAUUACCAUCCACAAAGGGAAACUUGUCAAAUCAUCAAGGCACCUUUGUUUUUAUUUGUAUUUAUCUGUAGUUCUGUUUCAAUGAGUUUGUAUUGCUUUUUGUUGCGUUAGCUGUUGUAUAUUGGUGAUUUUAUGUGUAUUGAAAUUGAUUGAAAGGGAAAAAGGACACCAAGCAUCAUAGCCCAAAGUGUCGUGGGCACUUCCUGUUAGGGACAGGACUUCUAACACAGACUAGACCAGGUCACAGGAGAUGGUGUCUUUGAUUUAUUUCAGAUUUUAAUGUUUUAUAGGCCUCAACACAUGUCUGAUGAACUUAUGAGUUUUUAGCAGAUGCUUUUAAAGUUGCCUUUAAUGUUGAUUCCAAGUGUCAUUUUACUCCAUUUGACAUUCUGUUGCCUUCCACAAUCACUGUUGUGCGAUUCUUUUUUUGCAGCAUCAAGAUGUUCAAUAACUCUAACGUUAAACUAUUUCAACCCUUUUUUAUUUUCUUCCUCUUGAAGAUGAAUUUCUCGUAAUCACAUUUAUUUGCCUGCAUAUCCAUCCAAUGUGUCCUCAUCUGUUUUUUGUUUUAAAAACACACGUUAGUAAAAGUAUGUCAGUAGCAUUCUGAGGAGUUUGGAACGGAACAUUUCUUACUGCAAUUCCUUUGUACAUGUCAUUUUGUGAUGUCUUAGCCCCAUGUCAAGUUAAAACCUCACGGGAAAGUCAAUAGAGUUGCCCAGCAAGCACGAUUAAAGGAUUUUAUUAUAGUUUUAUAUAAGAUAUGUCUUAAUGUUUGGACAUACGGCUCAUUGUCAAAUAUCAUGAAAUGUCAGUUCUAAAUGUCAUUUCAAUAUGUGGAAUACAAAAGAGUUAGCCUGGAAUCCAAAUAAUAGAGGAAUAUUCCGUUUGGAUUCCAAGUCGGCAGGGUAGCCUUGUGGUUAGAGCGUUGGGCUAGUAACCGAAAGGUUGCAAGUUCAAGUCCCCGAGCUGACAAGGUACAAAUCUGUCGUUCUGCCCCUGAACAAGGCAGUUAACCCACUGUUCCUAGGCCGUCAUUUAAAAUGAGAAUUUGUUCUUAACUGACUUGCCUAGUUAAAUAAAGGUUAAAUGUAAGUCGCUCUGGAUAAGAGUGUCUGCUAAAUGACUUAAAUGUAAAUGUAAGUCAUCCUGUACUCAGUCUACAUUAUAUGCCAAACUUAUCUACCCAUUUAAAAUGACACCAGAUUGGAUAAUAACACUACAUUAUAUAUGUACUGUAACUGGAAGUGCUACUCUGUUCAGCAGACUACACUUGUACUGUACCAUGAAGUCAUUGAGAACCCACUGGGCCAGAACUGGUUGGAUCCACGUCAUUUCAACCCCAACAUUUGAGGUGAUGGCUUUGAAUCAACGUGGAACACUGAUUGGACAACUCAACCAAAUGUAAAUAGACGUUGAACUGACGUCUGUGCCCAGUGGGAAAUUACUUUUGGGGCGACAUGUAAGGUGCAAAAUAGUUCAAAUCUGUGCAAAAAUAAAUAAAAAGGUGAGCAUAGAAAGUUAUUUAAGUAGAGUUUUAAGUACACUGAAAAAUGCAUAAAUAGUGGCCUUUUUUACAACGCUCGUUGCUGAAGAAAAGUUUCAAAUUACAUCACAAUGCCAGAUUAUUACUUUUACAGUAUUUUUUGCACAGGUUUAAACUAUUUUGGACCAUGAAGAAGUCACCCUUGAUUAAAGUUUCAGCUGGAUGGAUGUGCUAUAGAGAUGAUUCUCUCCAGUACUGUGAUUCUUGUUCUUGGAGGAUUAGGAACAUUCCUGGGUUGCCUGCAGGAUGCAUUUGAUUUCUGUCCAAACAAGACAAACACUGAUUAUGUGUGACAGUGUCGGGAAACAAAGUUAAUUCACAAGAUGUACUGUUUGAAAGAGGGAAAGUGUUUGUUUUUACAAAAUAUAUUAAAGCGAGAAAUAUAACGUUUUACUACAAGAUACUUAUGGGGAAAUACAUGCUAUUCAUAACUUAACUUUCUGACAAUUUUUGGGGGAUUGAAUUUCAGAAAUAUGACUGUAAAUAGAAUAAAUUCAAGAUAUUGUAAAGUGAACAAGA